CUCCUGUGCGUAAGAGCGCACCGAUGGAGAAGUGAUGCACUCCUGACAACGCGAAAUCUGAGCCUUCAAAUGCCUUUCUGAAGAGACGUGUGCGCAGAAGAGAGCGCGUUAGGGAACAGUCAGUGAGAAGUACAUUAUAAACCAAGGAUACUUUUAUCUGCGCGGGAAUUUUUUGGAUGAUGAUGAUAGAUUAAACAAAGAUGUUCGCCUGCGUGGAUGAAGGUGCGGCGCAAUUCGGAUGCGUGUUUGUGGACUUUUCAGCAUACCAUGACCGCGCGCCUUUCCCCCUUUCUCCAAGUCGUUUCCUGUCUGCGUGAAGUUAAACGGAGGAGAAAGCACCAUGAGAGGUAAAUACUUUCUCCUCGGCUUCUUGGUGCUCAAACUUAUGGCUCUUGUCUGCAAGGCUGACGGGGAGCCGGGGCUGCUCGGAGGAUUCGUAAUGAUCGCCACCUCCAACGGCUCCAGGGAGGAGGAGAGCGUGUCCGAGGAGACGCCGCACACGGAAGACAGAUGCCGGGGUUACUACGACGUGAUGGGCCAGUGGGACCCGCCGUUCAUCUGCAAAACCGGGAAUUAUCUGUACUGCUGCGGCACCUGUGGCUUCCGCUUCUGCUGCUCCUACAAGCACUCGCGGCUGGACCAGAGCACCUGCAAAAAUUACGACACCCCGGUGUGGAUGAAGACAGGGCAGACUCCCUACAAAAAGAUGAACAAGCUGCACGACAGCACCAAAGACAAGACGAACUUAAUUGUUUACAUCAUUUGUGGAGUAGUGGCCAUAAUGGCUCUUGUGGGGAUUUUCACCAAACUGGGGCUGGAAAAGGCGCACCGGCCCCAGAGAGAGAACAUGUCCAGGGCCGUAGCCAGCGUGCUGCAGGGCGGGUGUCCAGGCGAGCAGUUUCGGGGGGAGGAGGCCCUCGGGAUGCAUUCGCAGCACUUUGUUUCCAGGGCCACAAACCUCCGUAAGUUUUUUUUUCUUGGACAGCUCAUUACAGCCGUUUGUGUAUAGUGUGUCUGACUUUUAGAAGGUGUGGGUGGGGCUUGUGUAAGCAAAAAAAAAAGAUGCUUGUAUACAGGGGCUUGGAUGUUGGUUUCAGAGGCCUCUGGAGUGUCACUUGGUGUGAUGUAAUGAUGUGAAAGCCGCUCGUCUCAGCUGGACUCGCAUGUUGUUGAUGGUGCAUAAAGUGAGAAAAUCCACAAAGAUUCAGUAGAAAGCGCAGAGAGAGAGAGAGAGUACACGCAAACCCCUGCAGGCUUUUUCCAGUUUGUGUUUCAAAUGACAGCAUCGGUUUUUGUUUUAUCCUCCACCGGCCAGAUACCCAUCCAUUUCAUAACCGAUGGAGCUUCUGCAGCUUCUCAAAUCCAACCAUUAUUCACCGUUUUAUUUUGGUUCAUGCCCACAUGAUAUAAUGAGAGAGAGAGGAGGGAAAAAAGGGAAGUGGGAGUGUGUGUGUGUGUGUGUGUGUGUGUGUGUGUGUGUGUGUGUGUGUGUGUGUGUGUGUGUGUGUGUGUGUGUGUGUGAGAGAGUCGGCGAGGAAGCCGUGGUAGUUGUGAUGGU